AUGACAGAGGAAAUUACAUAUGGGGAUCUGGAAUUUAAUAAAUCUUAUGCACUGGAAAAUAUUCCAAAGCCUCCCACUCCUGAGGAAAAAGGUCUCCUUACUUCAUUCCCAUGGCGUCUGGCUGCCCUGACUUUGCUCACAUUGUGUCUGGCAUUAAUGGUAGGACUGCUAGCCCUGGGGGGUUUGUUUUUCCAGGUUACCAACAUCUGCCAGGAAGAAAAUGUAAAACUCAAAGAGAAGGAGAAAGCUCUGCAAACAAAUUUCUCAAGCAGGCUGCAAGAAAUAACAGAGAGUUUGUGUCUGGAAGGGGAAGUGAAGAAUAAAAAUAAUGAAAUGAGUUGUACACUCUGCCCCACAAACUGGCAACGAAUGGGAGGAGACACCUGUUACUAUAUUUCUUCAGGGAAGAAGACAUGGGAGGGGAGUCGGACCUUCUGUGCCUCACAAAAUUCCACCCUUCUCAUGAUAAAAGACAAGGAGAAGCUGGAUUACAUAGGUCAAUAUUUUAUUAAAGAAAUGUACUGGAUUGGAUUAUCACGUAAAACUGAAAGAGAUGGCUGGUUUUGGGAGGACACCACAGCUCUUUCUACAUCAGAAAAGUGGAUCUUUGUUUACAAUGAGGCUAAGACCUGUGCAUUUCUGUGGAAGAAGUAUAUUUAUGCCUCGAAAGGCUGUAAUGAGAACAGUCUCUGGAUCUGUGAGAAGGCACCCAUCCAGCUGAGGCUAACAGACAAUCAGUAG